AAAAUGGGCCGAAGGGUCCAAUAGCGGUAUAGGCCGGGAAUGCGAUGGCAACCGAAACUCUGAAGAAAUCCGUUGAUGAUCGACAACUUGCCCUAGGGUUCCUAAUUUUCCACAACUGGUGAACCCCCAAAUCCUUCCUCGUCGGAGAUUAUACGAUUUCGCCUCACCCUCCGCCUCUCCUUUUACUUCUUGACUUUAAGUAUGGCAGGAAGAAAUCGCUCAUCACGCCACAUUGAUGGUUACCGAGUUUCCCGUGAUGUCCCUAGAUCCUACGUAGAACGAGUACCAGCACCCCUGCCUAUUCAUCCUGCAGCUUUGGAGGAGGAGCUUGAAUUGCAGCAUAGGGAAAUGCAGAGAAUAAUUUCUGAUAAUCGCAUGGUGAUUGAUGAUAAUACAAUACUUCAAAGGGAGUUAUCAGCUGCAAAAGAAGAAAUUCACAGAUUGAACCAGGCUAUACCCAAAGUUCUGUCUGAGAAAGAAGCACAAUCCAGGGAGUUACUUGAAAGAGGUUUGAAACUAGAAGCUGAGCUUCGUGCUUCUGAGCCUUUAAAGUCUGAGGUUCUGCAUUUAAGAGGUGAGAUUCAGAAAUUGAAUAAUUUGAAGCAAGAUUUGUCUGCUAAAGUCCAAAGCCUCACAAAGGAUGUUACUCGAUUGCAAGCUGAAAAUCAGCAGCUAAAUUCUAUGAGAGCAGAUAUGGAUGGAUUGCUCAAGGAGCUUAUUGAGGCCAGGAGGGCUUAUGAAUAUGAAAAGAAAUCCAAUGAAGAACAAAAUGAACAAAAGCAAGCAAUGGAGAAGAACCUUGUUUCAAUGGCUCGUGAAAUAGAGAAACUGCGAGCAGAGAAGCUCAACUUAGAGAGAGCACGGGGAUUAGGUGCUGAGGGUUAUGGGAUCUUGAAAAGAAGUCCUGAACUGAGAUACGCAGGUGGUCCAUAUGGUAAUAACUAUGGUAAUUCAUGGGCACCAUAUGAGAAGCGUAGCCGACGUUAAGUUUCAAUCUUUCUCUUAGAUGUCCUUCAUUGGAGUUCAAUUUCUGGUUUAACAUCUUUACUUUCUUUGGAGAAGCUGCUUUUGAGAAUUACCAUUAUCAUCAUGGUGUGAAAUAUCAACUAGUUAAGAUUGUAACUGUAGUACUUUUUACUGUGACGAAAGUUAUACUUUCAUUGCAUUAUACUGUGUCAUUUUAUGCAAAGUUUAUUUGAAGAAUACAGAAAGACUACUGGCUGGGAAAAACAUUUUUUGACGUUUCUCAACCAAUCAAACAAGUCUUUUUAAAAGAGAGAGAGAGGGAGAGGAUAUGAUGUAAGCUCUGCAGAAUUAGUAGAAUAAAUGUUGGUGGAGAAGUUUGAUUC